ACUCUAAAAGCAAACUUUCGAACCUCCAAACUGCAUUAAUGUCACCAUCUCCCACUCCUAACUCUCUUGACAGCUCUUUCCCACCAACGCCAUUCCUUCUCUGCCUUUCCCUCUAAGCCUUCAGAAAUGCACCCGAUCUACCGCUAGAAUUCCCUUUCUCCCUCUUUCUCCGUCUGAAAGGAAACCAAAAAGCAGAACCAAAAAUACCCCAAAAUAAAGGUCUUCUCUUUAAGCUACAAACUCCAACCCCAUAAUCCAAAAAAGGGCAACAACAGUCUGGAGGGGGAGAAGCAAAAGAUUCUUCAUUCAUGGGCUGUUCUGCUUCGAGACCCAACACUACUCUUUUCACCAAAAGCAAUAAUCCUCCAGAAGAUCCAUAUUCUUGCUCUUCUCUAGAAUCAACGGUUUCUUCGCAUUCUUCACCACCACCAGUUCCUAGAGCUCUUUCACUCCCCACUCCUCUUGUUCACCACCCGCCACUCAGGAAAGGCGAUACCCACCACCUUGUCUCUUUAACAUCUACUACCUAUGGCUCUCUCCUGCUCAUUGACACCAAAGCGUCUGAAAUGAACAGCCAGGAUUUCCCUGAUCAUCAGCCAAAUCUACCGCCGCACCACAACAACUCUCCAGUUCAUGCAGACCAAGAGGAGUCAUUGUCUCCAGAUUCUGUCAUCAACACCUGGGAGCUCAUGGAUGGGCUUGAUGAUGACUGUGAUUUUGAUCUGGGUAAGACUGAUUCUUUUGUUAAUACUCAUUCCGAUGAGCUUUCAUCGAAAUCUAACGCGUUUAACAGUAAGAGUCUUGAUGUGGCUGUGAAGAAAUUGGAGGAUUAUAAACCUACUAAGCCAUCGUUGACAAAGCCAUUAUGGAAACAUUUAUCUGAAGAAUCUUUGCUAUCAAAACUUGACCCAAAUGUGGUUUCAAGUUAUAGACGAGCCUUAUCUUCCAGGCAGUUAGGAAGCAAUGAGUGCAGAAGUAUAAUAUCUGUGGGUUCUAGUCCUUCAUGUUCUUCAUUAUCAGAUAGUUGGUUUAAAGUGCCAAGCACUGAAAACAGAAUUGUAUUAUAUUUUACAAGUUUAAGAGGAAUAAGAAAGACCUAUGAGGAUUGUUGUUCUGUUAGAAUGAUAUUUAGAGGAUUUAGAGUGCCUGUAGAUGAGAGGGAUAUCUCAAUGGACUCUGUAUAUAGAAAUGAGUUGCAAAGUCUACUCGGAGGGAAAGUAAUUUGUCUGCCACAAGUGUUCAUCAAGGGAAAGCAUGUUGGUGGUGUAGAAGAGAUUAAACAGCUUAAUGAGAGUGGAGAAUUGGCAAAGCUUUUGGAUGGGUUUCCAGUUAGAGAUCCUAGAAUUGUUUGUGAAGGUUGUGGGGAUGCUAGGUUUGUGCCAUGUCCCAAAUGUAAUGGGAGCAGAAAGGUAUUUGAGGAAGAUGAAGGAGAGUUGAGAAGGUGUCCAGAUUGCAAUGAGAAUGGGUUAAUAAGGUGCCCUGGUUGUUGCUCAUGAUAACUAAGCCAAACGAAUAUUAGGGGAUGCAUACAUCUUAUAGUUAAUUUGUGGAUGAAGAUUAUAAAAUGAAAAAUGUCUCUAGUUCGACUAAUUCCUUGAAUUGCUAUUUGUAGUAGGGUCUUGCUUGCUACUAGUUUCUUUGUGGUCUGCCUAUACCGUCCAGCAGAUGGUUCUUAUUGUUCAUUGUCAUUCCGAGCUGUAUGAAAUAAAAAUGUGACAGUUUUGAUGUUCAA